CAACGUGAGGCCCGCCUUCCCCCUGCCUCAGUCUUGGAAACCCCGUGCGCGGCUGAGGGCAGCCUCUUUCCGGUGUCCGCCAUUCCGCAAGCAGGUCGUGGGUGCAGCCGUCGCCGGCGGCCCCGCUCGAACCGACAGCGCCGCCGCCAUGCAGAUCUUCGUGAAAACCCUGACGGGGAAAACCAUCACCCUUGAGGUUGAACCGUCUGAUACUAUAGAAAAUGUCAAAGCCAAGAUUCAGGAUAAGGAAGGGAUUCCUCCUGACCAACAACGUCUGAUUUUUGCUGGAAAACAAUUGGAAGAUGGACGUACUCUUUCUGAUUAUAACAUUCAAAAGGAGUCUACUCUGCACCUUGUGCUGAGACUUCGGGGUGGUGCAAAGAAGAGAAAGAAGAAGUCUUACACUACUCCUAAGAAGAACAAGCACAAGAGAAAGAAGGUCAAACUUGCUGUCCUUAAGUACUACAAGGUGGAUGAAAAUGGCAAAAUUAGCCGCCUACGCCGAGAGUGUCCCUCAGAAGAAUGUGGAGCUGGAGUAUUCAUGGCUAGCCACUUUGACAGGCAUUACUGUGGCAAGUGCUGCUUGACAUACUGCUUCAACAAACCAGAAGACAAGUAAUGUGUCUUUUGUAAUAAAAAUUGCCUUUAAACAUU